AAACCUCUGCAUAGAUAAGAAUGGCUGCAAUAUAAAUCCAUAGAAGGCUCCAAUCAACAAUUGAAAGGACUGAUCUGCAAACGCUUUUGUUGCUCUCUCUCUAAAAGUAACCAGAUGUUUUCAGAUGACACACAAUAGCAGACUGGUCAGAGCUUUUUCUGUUUCUCAUUGGAAAAGGAGGGGAUCAAGCCAUCUGCAUUUCUCUCUCACACACACACAGUUACAAGUGUCUGGGAAGACUGCCUCGCUUACUGCAUUGCACACUAUUUUCUUGGAAUCCUGAAAGGGGGAAUUUUCUAUCAAAUGCAAGCAGCGUGGCUAAGAAAACUAAGAUGCAUCACUUGAGAAAGCCAGACGUGAGCUGUAUCAGUGAUGAGGGCUUACAAGAGGAAAAAAACACUGCAUUAUUUUACUGAGGUUAAAUCCAUACUGCAAAGGUGUUCUGUGUUUUUCCUUUAAGACUUGGAGCAGCUAUUAAUUGGAAGAAGAAAGGACCAGUGUAUUAGUCAAUAUAAAGGCAUCUUGACGGGUAAGCACGAAGGCAGGAAUGGGAAAAGUUUUAAAUAUUUAUGAAGACAAGAAGUGACUUGGAUGUGACUGUAGCAAUCCACCUUACUAUAAGGCAAUUGGGAUUACUCAAGAGGGAUUCAUGAUUUACUUCUACUGACAACAGAACAAUACUGGUUGCCUGCAUGUCCGCUUCUUUCCAACCAGAAGGGAAAGUUGUGAUUAAAUCUAAAUACCUGAACCUACAGAAUAUUAACUGACAAGCUCACUUGGAUUUUUUUUUUGGAAAAUAAAACAGUAGCCAUGGCUGCGGCCAUUGCCAGCUCUCUGAUUAGGCAGAAGAGACAAGCCCGGGAAAGGGAAAAAUCCAAUGCAUGCAAAUGCGUAAGCAGCCCCAGCAAGAGCAAAGGAAACUGCGAGAAAAACAAACUCAACCUCUUUUCUCGGGUCAAACUAUUUGGCUCAAAGAAGAGAAGGCGAAGACGACCAGAACCUCAACUCAAAGGAAUAGUAACUAAACUCUACAGCAGGCAAGGGUACCACUUGCAGUUGCAACCAGAUGGCACAAUCGAUGGAGCAAAGGAGGAGGAAAGCAGUGCCACUAUGUUCAACCUUAUACCAGUUGGUUUACGAGUGGUGGCUAUUCAAGGUGUUCAAACGAAACUAUACUUGGCCAUGAACAGUGAAGGAUAUUUGUACACAUCAGAGCAUUUCACGCCUGAAUGCAAAUUCAAAGAGUCGGUAUUUGAAAACUACUACGUGACAUAUUCUUCAAUGAUCUACAGACAACAACAUUCUGGAAGAAGCUGGUUUUUGGGUCUCAACAAGGAGGGAGAAAUUAUGAAGGGCAAUCAUGUAAAGAAAAAUAAGCCAGCUGCCCAUUUCCUACCAAAACCAUUAAAAGUGGCCAUGUACAAAGAACCUUCACUUCAUGAUCUCACAGAAUUCUCCAGAUCCGGUAGCGGAACUCCAACAAAAAGCAGAAGUGUUUCAGGAGCAUUAAAUGGGGGUAAAUCUAUGAGUCAAAAUGACUCUACGUAGCCAGCUACAGGCAAGUGAGGUGCUGCGUUAUAUACAGUAAUGGAAACUUACCUCUGGAUGCUGUUGAAUUGUUACAAGGAGCCCUUCAUUCAAGUACCCAGUUAUUCAGGACAGAACUGAACUUGCACAGGUCACUCACAUUUAAGCUGUUAGAUCUCCACUGGAUCCCAUUAGAAUGUGCUCUUUGCAUCUCAGAAGGCAAAACUGCAAAACAUAACGUGGAAUAAGUCACGAAGAGGACAUACCCUGCUCUCGGUUUAUAUCACCUAUGGUUUGAGGAGAACGAAGAGAGAAACAUUUCACAGAACUCACAGCUGAUUUAAAGAAAUACAAAAUGCUUUCCAACCAAGAA